AUGUCAAAACGUACACGUAAAACUACUGAAGAAGACGAAGAAAAUGUAACACCUUGUGGAUUGGAAAAGAGUAAUUACUCUAAUAUCGAAAAAAAGAUAAUUUUGAAUGGCGAUAAAGCUUCUCUUCAAACAACAGUAGCAAUUACUAAUAAUUCUGCUAAUGGAAACAGUAGUGAUAAUUUGCAAAAUUACUCGAUGAAGACUCCCUCAACUGAAGCCAUGUCAUCAACAUCAGAUAGUAAUAAUUUUACUUCCUCAUUGAGUGCAGAGUCUCCUCUUAAGAAAGUCAAAUCGAAUCAUGAAAUUGAAAAUCAAGAUUUUCCUCAACCGUCGCAUGAUGUGAAUGGAAACAACGACACACCUAACUUUAUUCCUCCUUUUGUGGUGGAGGGAGCAUCAUCAACUCUCGAUACUUUACCCAGAUCUCCCACAUCUGUUGCGGAAAAUCAAAAUAAUUCUUCCUCAAUGCAAAAUGCCAAAAACAUUCACAAUGAUUAUGUUGACAUUUAUCCACCUGAGGGAUCCUAUUAUUGCUCUGCUACUUCUUCGUUUAACCUCAGAGAGACCACUCUUCCUAUUAUGGGAAUGCACAUUUCUUCACAUCAUGGAGAUGAUCAUGACGACGAAUAUGAGCCAGUCCAUCACCAUGAAACUCCCUAUUACACCACCACCAAUAAUACCUCUUACUCCACUCGUUUAUAUUCCUUUGAUGAAAUUCAUCAACAAGAAGAAGAAUUCGAAGACUCUUUCAUUCAAGAUCACUACGAACACACUGGUUGGUCACGUCGACCCCAACGAACAUACAGUCCUCUCUCAAGUGACUUGUACACCAAGGACCAUCCUUUUAUUGAGCAACACCAUUAUAGUGAUGAUGGUGGUGAUAACGAUCUUCGUCCUUUCAAGAAUUCUCACGACGAAUCGAAUUUGGAGCCUUACCUUUUAAAAAAAUUCUCUCCCAAGAGUCGACAAAGACGACGUGAAGGUUCAUCUUCUUCUUCCACCACAAGCCAUCGUACGGAGGAGCAACUUCAUCAUCACGAAGAAGAAGCACCAUCAGCAACAGAUCACGCCACGACGACAAGACAUCCGAAUAGAAAUUUUAUAAUAACCAACCAAUCCGCAACAAGAAUGCCCGUCUUGCAAAACUCAGACAGCAAUCAUAAUAAUUCAAACAACGAAGGUGCUCCGUACCUCCCUGCAUCUUCUCCAUUGAGAGUACAACAAGUAGGGAGCAGAGGUUCUGCUGGUAGUAUUAUGGAUGAUGAUGAUCCAGAAAAUGUUGGUUCCUCGGCUCCAGCCAAUGGUGUGGUUGAUCAUCAUCAAAAUGGUACUCCUUCUUCUGUAAAUACUCAACAAACCAAAGAGAAGAAGACCAUCUUAGUAUCGGAUGUGGUCAAGUAUCGACAUUUGGUUUGUAUCAACUCAAAAUCGUUUUCAGACAACCAAGUUUCCUGUUUCAUGAUUAAUUUAUAUCUGGACAAGACAAGUCCAUACUCUUGCAAAGCACCAUCCGCUCCUUCCGCGAAUACAUUGGCAGAACAGAAUUAUGAAACAGGUGCAGGCAAUCAAUUCCUCAUCACUGCAAAGAGUGAUCUCAAAAAGUUUAUCACAUUGCUUUCCGAACAUACAAACAUUCCGAUUCGGUCUGUGUGUUUUAAGCGAACAUUGGGUGAACGCCAAAAGAUUGUACCUCUCUCCGCUAAUGUGUUUAAUGUAUUCCAGAACAUUACUGUUUCAAAACCAUUGAAAUUAUUCAUUAAUGGAGAUGAGUUUGUUGAAUUUGACUAUAACAACAUGCAUGUCGAUCAUGGUAACGAACUUUUUAAGGAGAAGAAAUAUGAAGAGGCCCUGGAGCAAUACCGAGUUUCAUUGUCUCACUUUCCCAAUGUGGCUAGAGUCAUCUCUAACAUUGUACUGUGCUACAUGAGAUUGAACAAGAAGUUGGAGGCAUUUAGAGAGUCUAAUAACAUUUUAUUGAAGGAGGCAACAAGUAAGGACAAGGAUGAUCUUGCAUUCUUUGAAAAAGCAUAUUCAAGAAGAGGACCUUUAGCAUUUGAGUUGUGUGGCCAAUUGGACGCGCUCUCUAGUCAAGAAUUGAACGAAUUGCGAGAAAUUGUUACAUCCAUCUUUGAGAAAUCUCCUCUAAAAGACGCAUCUCUGAAUGUUCAACUUAAUUACCUUUGCUUGAGCGACAUGUGUAAAUACUUCCGUUUGACUGGUGUUCUGAGCGAUGCAAUAGCCGCUAAAAAGAAAGAAGAGACCAAUCCAACAUUGAAGGCCUCAAGAGAGCACAAAUUCAAAGCUUUCCACUAUUUGCUUCACAAUGCUCCAGAAUGUAUCAAUUAUUGCCUCAUCACGUCCAUGUCAUCUCAGCACAUGGCCUCUAUUUCCGCUUUUCCACAAAGCUUAUUGACCUCAGAUGUGGAACCCCAAAAUCCCUUGUUCUUAAAACCUCUACCUUUUUGUUGUAGAGAGUGGUAUGAAAACAAAUUCCAAGAAGUGGAAGAAUUAUUUGCAGUCAAGUUGUGGAAACCCUAUUAUGAUAACAAUGAAAAUAUUGAUGGAAAGAUGGUGACAGCUGGAUCAUUGUAUACAUUCAUCAUAUUUACCGCUCUUAAAUUUUUGUUGUUGAAACCAGAUUUACCAACUUUACUGCAAACAGAAAAUAACUUUAAGGUUAUUGACAGAAUAAUGACAUUCCUACUAUUUAAUUCUGGUUCACCUCCAAAAGCUUUCCUUUAUAUUGAACCCAAGACCUCAAAAUCUACAAAUACCAUCGAAAUGUCUGACUUUGUUUCCAAGGGGUGCAUUGAAUUUAUGCACAUCAAGGUGAAAGAUUUCCACUUUAUCGUCGAGUUCAAACAACCUGCCUCCAGCACCUUCAGCGUCACAGAUAGUUCCUAUGGAGAUGUCCACAAUCGUGUGAAACACUCUCCUUCUGAACAAUUCCGAGUAAGAGUGGGUGAUGCUUUGCCUAGCGAAAUAUCGAAAUAA